CCAGUAAGAAAUCUACACUGUAACUAAAAAAUGCAAUCCUUCGUAAACAGUAACCUGUUACAUGCAUGUCAACAGCGGAUCUACCCUACGAAUUCGGCUCUACACCGCGCUCUCCUCAGAAGUACCUAUCCGGAGGUAUUGCGAAAAUUCCAGUCUGGGGAUGAUGCUGGAAGUGGAGCGACACCAAGCAGACCAGCAGUUGUAUUCGAUGCGUCCUGUGGUCAUGGUGGCGUUUUAGACCAUCUCACAUCAAACAAGCAAGCAGUACCUCCUAGCAGGUACGUCGGCAUAGACGUUGACCCAGCUGCUAUUGAACAGGCGUCUUCAAGCUCUUGUUCUUCUUCUGCAACGUUUUUGCAAGCCGAUGUAUGUAGGCCAAGAAUUGUCGACCAACUGAAGGGAAUACUAGUAGACGCACCACGAGGAUCAAGUAGUUGUAAGUCGUUUUCUCAUGUCGUUUCCGUUUUCGGCGCGCACUAUUGGGAACAGUACGACUUCGUGAGGUUUUUGAAAAAUGCACGUGCAUUACUUGAUGAAUCUGGCAGUUCUGGACCGGAGAACACAAGCGCAAACAAGAGCCUGGUGUUAGCAUUGUGGUGUCCUAGUGCACCGGUGGAUAACUGCGUGCUGACGCGGUUUUUAGCAGCAGCACCCCUCGACCUGAAUGUCCGACAUCACAAGCCAUUUCCCAGAAGCUACUUUCCCCACAACAACAAGAGUAACGAUCCAGCUGUGCAGGACUCGUUACUCACCGAAUUGCUCGUGAAAAAGGCAGGCUUCCGCAAAGUGGCCUUUUCGGAUACGACACAUAUGGCGGAGGUGUCGGCGGAGAGUCUACUCUCUGCUGGAAGCAACGAUGGCGGAAGCAAGAGUUUUUACGAACUACUACGGACAGAGUUGCGCGAGGAGAAAACCUUUGGAGACAUUUCGGGAUUGUGUCGCGCACAGUCUGCUGAAGACGAAGCACGGGUCUGGCAAUGCCUUGAGGACAUUUGCAACGACUUGGGACCAACUUGCGCAGUGAAACGAAAAUACAGGGUUCUUGAAGCUAGUAUAUGA